CACCCCCGCGGCCCCGCCCACUGAGCGGUUGGAAUUUGAAUCUGCGGCGCGGCGCUGCGGGACGAGUGAGAUCCUGGGUCAAGCAUGGAGAAUCAAGGUUCCGCCGCGUGCUGCCCGGUGCUACAGCAGCGUGCUCGUUGGGAACGGAAACGUGUCUGCACCGCUCGGGAGCUGCUGGAGACCGAGCGGCGCUACCAGGAACAACUGGGGCUGGUGGCCACGUACUUCCUGCGGAUCCUGAAAGCCAAAGGGACGCUACGACCACCAGAGCGCCAGACCCUGUUUGGGACCUGGGAGCUCAUCUAUGCCGCCAGCCUAGAGCUGCUUCCCUAUUUGGAAGAAGGACAAUGGGGGCCUGGGCUACAGGGCUUCUGCCCCCACCUGGAGCUCUACACCCAAUAUGCUGCCAACGCAGAGAGGUCUCAGACUACCCUUCAGGAGCAGCUGAAGAAGAGUAAGCGUUUUCGGAGGUUCGUGAAACUUCAGGAAGGUCGCCCUGAAUUUGGGGGUCUUCAGCUCCAGGACCUGCUCCCUCUACCUCUGCAACGGCUCCAACAGUACGAGAAUCUUGUCGUGGCUUUGGCUGAAAACACAGUUCCCAACAGCCCUGACUACCAGCAGCUCACACGGGCUGCCCGCCUGGUGAGUGAGACUGCGCAGAAGGUCCAGGCUAUCGGCCAGAAUCAGAAGAACGACCAGCAUCUGCUGCGCGUGCAGGCUCUGCUCAGCGGACGCAAGGCGAAAGGGCUCACCGCAGGACGCUGGUUCCUGCGACAGGGUUGGCUUCUAGUGGUGCCUCCCGCUGGAGAGCCUCGGCCCCGGAUGUUCUUCCUUUUCUCUGAUGUGCUCCUCAUGGCCAAGCCUCGGCCCCCACUGCACCUGCUGAAGAGUGGCACCUUUGUCUGUAGAGCCCUGUACCCUAUGUCCCAGUGUCAACUAAGCAGGGUCUUUGGCCAUUCAGGAGGACCUUGUGGUGGAUUGCUCAGUCUGUCCUUUCCCCGUGAGAAACUACUGCUUAUGUCUACUGACCAGGAGGAGCUGUCACAAUGGUACCACAGCCUGACUCUGGCUGUUAGAAGCCAGAAGAGCUCGACCCACAGAAGUGACUCUGCAACAUGACAUUGUCAUCUCCAAGUGUGCUGGGCCACUUCACAGCUAUCCUGGAUACACGGCAGCUGGGCAUGCCUAUAGAGAAUCCUAAAAUUCCAGAACUCUAGAUACGGUAGAGCCAAGACCAAAAGGGAUGUACUUCAUUCGGCGGAGCCUCGGUGGAGCAAACCCCUUUAAUGCCACGCCACUGGGGGGAGGGGGGGGCGGUAAAGCUCCCGCUGGCUGUGGCUGGCUGUUUAUUCCAGUUGCAGCUUUGUAAGGGCCAUUUUGAGGUUCUUGCCUAUAGUUUGUUUUAUUUUUGAGAAAGGAUCUUAUUGUGUGACCCGGGCUGACCAUGAACUCGAAUUCCUUCUGCCUCAGCUUCUCAGAUGCUGGGUUUACAGGUGUGUGUGCUGGCUAUUGUACAUAGCUGGUGUUUUUUUUUCUUCUUUCUUUCUUGAGACAAGGUUUCAUGUAGCCCAGAGUGGCCUUGAACUCCUGAUAGAUCCUCCUGAACUACCUCCUAUGUUGUAAAAGUUCUAUAAUUUAUUUCCCCACUGGAUUUUUAAUAAAGUGUUGUUUUGCUUUUGCAAAGGCA